UGAAUCUGAGGAAAGGACCAGAAUCAGGUGAUUUUUAAUCUUGACUAUAUUAUUCAAAUCUUAUAGACAUAUUCAUGUUGACAUGUGAAUCGACCGCUUGUCUUCCAGCACAGUAUUGAGAGGGAUUUUCCAGAAUGGAGAUGUUGAGGAUCACUGAAGCUCUUCUCCUGAUGUUAGCAGCUCUUCUCCAGGAUCACACCGCCGCAGCUGCUGAAGCACAGGGUUUUCCUCUGGAUAUGGCGCUGAGUUCAGUGGAUGAUCAAUUCUCCAUCUGCAGAGCCAAAAUGUCACGUCUGGUGGAGAAAACAUAUCUGAAAGAGGAAAGAUCGAACUCAAAUAUAUUUAAUGAGCUUUGGCGAGUAGGUGAACAGAAAGCGGUGCGUGUUCGCAAUUUUCUUAGAAGGUUUAAGAAGAAACAUUCGAUUGCCAUCUAUGUAUAUACGUCCGCUAGUAAGGAUGUUAAUAAGGUUGUAUAUCCUCAAUUCAAUAACGACACGCGUAAUGGCAAACAAAACUACACUCUUAACAGAUACAGAUGGUAUUCGCUUUACUUUCUGUUGACUGAUGCGGUUCAGAUUCUGAGGAAGGAGCAGAAAAACAAGUGCUAUGAUACAUAUCGCGCUACAAAAUCAACAUUUAAUCUCCACAAGUCUAAGGAAAUUCGUUUUGGCUCGUUUACAUCCACGUCUCUUGAUUUCAAUCAGGCGAAACGGUUUGGCAAAGUUUCUUGUUUUAAGAUCCACACUUGUGAGGGUGCUGAUGUGACUAAAUAUUCUAGUGUUCAGUUUGAACAAGAGGUGCUGAUCCCUCCGUAUGAGAAGUUUAGAGUCACCGCUGUCUUGACAAAAACAGAUGGAUGUGAAACUGUGUAUAAACUGGAGAGCUCUGGGAAAAGAAGUGACCUGGACUGUGCUCUGUUCAGGAAAAAUACACUCUUUCCCCAAACUCUUGACCCGGCGGACAGGGGUUCACAGAACAUUCUGUAA